AUGGUCGUGGGCGCAUCAUCCUUGCCUCGAUGGGGUAGCUGCUCUCUCCAUGGCCUCAACACGGAGGUCCGCACGGGGCUAGACAGAGACGCUCUCCCAGGCGCUAGCGGCGGCGGCAUUAGAAUCCCUCCAUAUUUCUGGGGCGAGAGUCAGGUGCCCGACGCCGAGCUUGGCUUCCCCGUGUACACGGGCUACUCGGAGGCGAGGGCCUUGAUCGGCGAGGGAGCCACGGCGGAUCUGACAAGGCUGUCACGCCAGGCCCAAGACAUGGUGGCCGAGAUGUUUGCUAGCAUCGGCGGAGGCCAAGAGGAAGCGGCGAGCGGGCCCAGGGUGGUGCAGCUGCGGCUAUCGCCGGAGCUCGCCCUGUGGAAAAACACCCAACACGCAAUCGGCAACGUGCUUCCACCUAAAGGCAAGGGCCUGAGGCAAGCCUCGCCGCAGGUACUCGCCCAGCUUGGCGCCACCGACUGGCCCGAGGCCAUCACCACCAACAAUGCCCUGUUCGGCGGUGGCAGCACCGCCAUGCUCAUUGGCGCCGCCGACCUGCACACCAUGUUCUCCAACUAUGUGACCGACAUGGCCGUUUACUACGAGUAUGGGUACAACCACGUGUUCCCUCACCUCCACGGGAUGCUGCAGGAUGGGCUCGCCGACGCCCACGCGCUGGCCACCCCUUGCGGCCAGGAGCGCCGGGAGGCCGUCGCCGUAGGCCUCCCCUACAUCCAGGGCAAGAUCGCGAUGGAGGUGGCGGACAGAACACGUCUCAAGGACUUCUCCGCGCAGAUGGAUCGUCGUGCCGCCCAGAUCAUUUUCCUCUUUGACUGCAGCGUGCUGGGCAUUGGAGCCGAGGCCACAGCCCGGGGCUUCGACGCCGGCGCCGUCAUGAGCGACCUAAUCUUGAGCGUGAACAGCCACGACGUCCUCGACGUGGGCUCCGACUUGGUCAACUCCGAGAUCAUGAACUCAUUCCUCAACGUCGCCGACAUCGCCGCCUCGGGCGUCGUGAGCGAGCCGGCGCUCCGGGCCAUCUACGACGCAUACGCUGCCACGGGCGCCCGGCUGUUCACCCAGAGGUGGCAUGAGCCCUCGGCCCGGAUGGUCGCCAAUGAAUACAUCUGGCACAUCGCCAACGACCGGCACAUGCUCUUCCGCCGCGCCCUCCUGGGAUGGCCCAAGGCCCGCAAGUCGCCGGCGUCACCCCAGCGUGAGGCCGACUUCGACGAGGUCUUCGACGCCGACUUCCACACCACCGGCUUCAGCAGGCCCAUCGACCCUGAAUACGCCUGCGACGGCGAGGAAACCUGCAACCAUGUGCGCCGGUUCCUCGACCGCCAGGAUGAAGACCUGCUCAGCAGCUUCUGGUGGUCCCUCGUCACCGGCCCGCUUGAGUACAUCCGGCAGGGUGAGGUGGACGAGAAGCACGAGGAGCACCUCAUCGAAUCCUCGCGCAUGCAAAUGGCCCAGCUCUUGUCCAAGGGCCUUGUCCUCGAACUGACCUGGCUCCUCGCCCAUGCGAGCCACCAUGCCUGGCAGGUGAACUACAUGUACGAGGCCGCCAUGUUUGGAAGCAUCUUGGAUGGGGGCGCGUUGAUAGGCAAGCUUGACCGGGAAGAGAAGGGCUCCAUCGACUGA